AUGGCAGCCGUCAAUAGACAACAUAUUUAUCAAACAAUCCAAACUGGUCUUUCUCAUAUUCCUAAUUAUAUAGGACAAGAGCCACCAGAUGACUAUUUUAAUAAAGCACAGGAUCAUUUAGAAACUAUUGCUAUGAGAUUAGGUUAUCCAGAUGAUGCAUCACGAAAUCCUGAUGAUUUAGAAAAUUUUAUUGAAGAUGAAUUAUAUAAAAGAUUUGGUUAUGAAAAUUAUAAUCUUAGACGAAAUUCUCCUGCAAAAAAAGAUUAUACGAAUAAAAAAUCUAACAAAACAUCUUCCAAAUGUUCCGAUUGUGGUAAGACAGGUCAUAGAAAAAACCAAUGUCCUAAGCCAAAGAAAAAAGGCUCUCCAGAAGAAGAAUCUGAUAAUGAGGAAUCCUAUUAUGAAAGUGAGGAAGAGGAUGAUAAUUCUCGACAUACAUUUGCUGUAAAAAAAAAAAGAUACCCAAAAUCUGGUUCUAAGAAGAAAAAUCAAUCAAAAAAGCCCUCUUCAGUAUUUGUGAUUCAAAAAAUAUUCCGAGCUUCAUGUAAGUCAUUAAUAGAGGCACUGAUUAAAGAAUGUCCUGAGAAUAUUUUAGUAGAAGCUUUAAGUUAUUUAGGUAAUGUAUAUGAUAGUUUGAAAAAUACACUCUUAGAUAACUACGCCUCAAAAUAUUCAUCUAAGGAGAAAGAAGUAAUUUGGGGGCAGGUUACAGAAGUUUAUAAAGAUAUUUUACAUUCAUUAAUUGUUGCUGUUGAUCGAAUUAAUAAAUCCAAGGAGCAACCACAAACCAAUACAUUAAAUUUUGCUAUCAAGAAACAUUUUAGCCAGCAAACAAAAAAAUCAUACUGGCCUGAUCCGCGAUAUGAGAUUAAUUUUAUUCACCCCAAAGAUCCUGAUGAUGUAGCAACAAUUACUAGUAAGGUUGCUUCAAUGACUAUACCUUAUUCACUGGUUGAUUCAGGAUCUAAUGAGUCAGUUAUUAGUGAUAAUAUUGGUGAAGAAAUGGGUCUUGAAAUAGAUGAAUCAAAUAUCCCAAAUAUUACCGGUCUUGCAAGUAAAGCCAAUGUUGUAGGAACAUCUUAUAAUGUACCUGUAACAAUCAGUGAUGGAAAAAAUUCAAUUACAACCUAUGAAAAUUUUUCAAUAGUUAAAGCUGAAAAAAAUAAAAAUGGAGAUUAUAAGUCCCUAGUAUUAUUUGGUAAUCCUUUACUUAGUAAACUUGGAUGGGAACCCAUUGUAAAUCGGGAAUUCAAGGCAUGUCAAAAUGGUGUACAUGUUACAUUACCACUUUCAGUUCAUAAAUCACAACGAGAAAUUUUUACAACUGAGAAGCUAGAAUCAUGGCACGCUCCAGAAGGCUUUAACCCAAAAAAAAACUAG